GCAGCAUUGCUCGAGAUGCCCGAAAAAACACCGCAGUGUCCCAGAUAGACCACAAAAACAGCCCGCUAUGCUCGUGUCCUGGUGGUAUCUUUACCUGGGAGCUCAGAGCCUCUACAGACAAGUGUUGGAGAUGGCGUCAGUGCUGCAGAAGCUCAUCACUCCUCUGUUCAGCGGGCCGCUGGAGCCGCCCAGGAAUAAGGUGACUGUGGUGGGCGUGGGGCAGGUGGGCAUGGCCUGUGCUGUCAGUGUCCUGCUGCGGGAGCUGGCAGAUGAGCUGGCGCUGGUGGACGUGGUGGAGGACAAACUGAAGGGUGAGAUGAUGGAUUUACAGCACGGCAGCCUCUUCCUGAAGACUCCCAAAAUCAUCUCCGGCAAAGAUUACUCAGUGACGGCGAACUCUCGUAUCGUGGUGGUGACGGCGGGCGUUCGUCAGCAGGAGGGCGAGAGCAGACUCAACCUGGUGCAGAGAAACGUCAACAUCUUCAAACACAUCAUCCCGCAGAUCAUCAAAUACAGCCCAAACUGCAUCCUCAUCGUCGUCUCUAACCCCGUGGACGUGUUGACGUAUGUGACCUGGAAGCUGAGCGGUUUGCCGAAGCACCGCGUCAUCGGCAGCGGGACAAACCUGGACUCUGCCCGCUUCAGAUACCUGAUGGCCGAGAGACUGGGGGUCCAUCCCAGCAGCUUCAACGGCUGGAUACUGGGAGAACAUGGAGACUCCAGCGUUCCUGUGUGGAGUGGAGCGAAUGUAGCAGGAGUGAGUCUGCAGAAACUCAACCCAGACAUCGGCAAAGACACGGACAGAGAAAACUGGAAAGAAACGCACAAAAAAGUCGUGGACAGUGCGUAUGAAGUGAUCCGACUGAAGGGCUACACAAACUGGGCCAUCGGUCUGAGUGUGGCUGACCUGACAGAGAGCAUCAUGAAGAACCUGAACCGAGUCCAUCCUGUCUCCACCAUGGUGAAGGGAAUGUACGGCAUCAGCGACGAGGUCUACCUGAGUCUGCCGUGUGUGUUGAACAGCGCCGGCGUGGGCAGUGUGGUCAACAUGACUCUGACCGGCGACGAGGUCUCGCAGCUCAAGAAGAGCGCAGACAUGCUGUGGCACAUCCAGAGAGACCUACGAGACCUGUGACGUGUUUAUGCAUGAAAACAGCAUCACAGUCACACUGUCACGUGAUCAAGAGGUCUGUAUUACGCAUCACGAUCGUCAGAUUAGCACUUGAAUGUGAAAACGUUUCAUCUUUCUUGUGAAAUAUAGCAAAUGUACUGCAUUAGUUCACUUAAUUGGAGGAUUUCUGCUUGAAUGUUUUGCAUCAGGUUGGUAGGUGGAUAAUAACUGUGCCUACAUUUGAUUGCAUGCAUUAGAGUGGACGGUGAAGGAGAAGCAUCGUUAAUCUUUACAUAUCAUUAAUACAUUUACACCACGCUGUACUAAACACUGAAUGUUUUUUGUGUGAAUCUUUGAUCCUCAUUCAUACAGAUCAGCAUAAAUGAGCGCUGGAUUCUGUUUAUGCCAGGCCAGUAGGUGGCGAUGUCACUUUGAGAUCAUUAAACCAGCCAUUUUGAAUGGUUUGAAACGA